GUGUCUAUUCUAUCCGCUUGUUAAUUCUCAUGAAGUAGUAGAAAAAUGGCUGGCUAUCUUUAGCACACACCAUAGAAAACCACCAUCCAACUUAUAAAUUCCUUUGCCUCUGUAUUCUCUCACUUUCUCUCUCUAACUUGUCUAUUAUCUACAAUGGCAGCCUUACAAUCUCUUGCAUUGUCUUCUCCAAUUUCUCAUUGUCAACAACAACAACAACGUUCACAUUCAGGCUUGGUAUCUUCACCUCGGGUUGUUUAUCAAAGUGCAAAUUCUUCAUUGAAUGGACAAGCAAUGCAGAUACCUCGUCAGCGAUGGGUUCCAUUAAGGGGAAGUUCUCGGACGUCUAGAGCUAUAACUAUGAUGGUUAAGCCAGUAAUUCAGUUCAUUCAAGGAACUGAUGAACGGACAAUUCCAGAUGUUAGGUUAACAAAGUCGAGAGAUGGUUCAAAUGGUGUGGCAAUAUUCAGCUUUGAUCAACCUUCAGUAUUCGAUUCAUCUACUGAACUCGGUGAUAUCACUGGCUUUUACAUGAUUGACGAAGAAGGGGUUCUUAACACAGUUGAUGUUAGUGCCAAAUUUGUUAAUGGAAAACCCUCGAGAGUAGAAGCAAAGUACACCAUGCGAACUACACGUGAUUGGGACAGGUUCAUGAGGUUCAUGGAACGCUACUCAGACGCUAACGGGUUGCAGUUCAUCAAAAAAUGAUGCCAUACUUCCUUUCCUCCACUUGUAUCUGGCAUUUCGAGAAAAUUAUUUGAUGCCUAUGUAGCUAUUACAGAAUUGUUGUUUCUCCACUUGUAACGAUUUUUUCCCACUUGAGUAAUAUGUAAGUCACUCCUUGUGAAAACUAGAUCUUUUUCAUAUGCCAUAUAUGCCAUCUAAGAAGAAAUGAAAAAUGGUUAUGUAGCUAUUUAAAGAUGUUUUAGAGGUGUUUGACGUCUUUGUGGACACUUGAAA